CUCAAGUCAAAGUUGAUAGAUUACAGAUUCAUAUUACUCUUACUUGUUCUUUAUGUUCAAGUGAAACUAAAUAUUAUAAUAAAAGAGAAGGUGAUGAUUUUUCGAAAAGUAUAGCUGGUGCUGGCUUACUUAGUAGA